CUCUGUACGACUCACUCAGUCUGCUCUCGGAGCCUCGGCAGCUUCUCUGCUUCUUCUUCUCUCUGGACUGUCUCCUCGUCUCCCCCCGUCUCUUCAUCCCGCAGACGCUGACGUCAGUGGAAUAUUUCAAUCUCCGAUAAUCACUUUAAUCUAAUUAUGAAGAUUUCCCCUGAGACGUGUCCUCGUCACUGACGGCCAAAGAUGGAGACUCCCUUCUACCACGACGACUGUCCCACUGUCUCCGGCUACAGCCACAUCGCUGAGUACGAGCGUUACCCGGGCAACAAGAUGCUGAUGAGUAAGAAGGCCAUGGCGAUGGCGGCCGGUCAUCAUUUCUCCAGUGGUGGUGGUGGCAGCGCAGGAGGGAGGGGCGGUAACCCCGGCAACCACGCUCUCACCACGAACACCUCGCUGAUGUCGUCUGUGGCGUCCUCUGCCGUGGACAUGAACCUGCUGAAGCUGGCGUCCCCUGACCUGGAGCACCUGAUCAUCCAGUCCAACCAGGGACUGGUGACCACCAGCCCGGCGUCCAACGUCACCAACACCUUCCUCUACCGUAAUCAGGCCACCAACGAGCAGGAAGGGUUUGCUGACGGCUUCGUCAAAGCUCUCGCCGACCUCCACAAGCAGAACCAGCUGGUGGGAGGUCCCAUGUCUCCGUCCCCAUCCUGCACCGUCUCCCUGCAGGCGUCCUACCAGAGGAACCUGAUGUCUGCCAGUGACGUGCCGGUGUACACCAACCUCAGCAGCUACAACCACACACAGAUGCCGUAUCCUGGCGGGCAGCUAACAUACGGCAGUGGCUCGGGAAGCGGCGGCGUCGGACCCCCUCAGCCGCACACGCGAGGCAUGGACGCGCCGCAGACUGUCCCUGAGGUGCCCCACCCACCGGGCGACCCCAUGUCCCCGCUCUCCCCGAUUGACCUGGAGACACAGGAGCGGAUCAAAGCGGAGCGCAAGAAGCUGCGCAACCGCAUCGCGGCGUCCAAGUGUCGCAAGCGGAAGCUGGAGCGGAUCUCGCGGCUGGAGGAGAAGGUGAAGGUUCUGAAGAGCCAGAACUCGGACCUGGCCUCCACCGCCGCCAUGCUGCGCGAGCAGGUCGCCCAGCUCAAACAGAAGGUCAUGAGCCACGUCACCAACGGCUGCCACAUCGCCGUCGCCUCGGCCGCCGCCAAGUCCGGCGGAGUGGGAGGAGCCUCGGGCAGCGAGGACUCGCGCUGCUGAGGAGGCGGGACUUGACGGCGGCGAGGUCUGAGGUGAUUUAAUAACGCGGCGUUUCACUCGCGCUCGUGGUCAGAGCGAGCGGCUCGUGACAAAGACGCCCCCCUGUGGACAGAUGGAUGUAUGACGGGAUUUACUCUGUCCUGCUGUCAAUCAUUCAGCCUGAGGAGGCGGGGCUUAGAGGAGAGAUGGGAAGCGACGUGACAAGACGGAUGUUCAGAGUCUGAACGUGUAAUUUAAAAAGAAGAGUGUGUGUGUGUGUGUGUGUGUGAGAGAGAGAGAUUACAUUUACUCUUUUUACCUUUAAAUAGUUGUCAUUAAACAUUUGUAAAACACCACAAACAUAAUCAAACUUCACUGAAUCACAGUCAUCAUGUGAAGUAAUCAGAUUACUUCUUUAAUGUUACCUUUUAAACUGUAACUGCACAUAAAUAAACACAACUGUUACAUUUAAUCAGUAAAAAAAAGAAACAGAAGCCCAUCCAACAAAUAUUUAUUUAUUUUUUACUUUUUGACGUCUGAUUCUAUUUUUGUACAAAUGUAUAAAGUGGUGUGUGUAUAAUCUGUUAUUAUUGUUAUUAUUGUUACGAUCAAACACUUAUUUAUUAUGAAUAUGUUUCAUUUCUGUCACAUUGUGUCACUGUGUUGAGAUGUUUGUGGUAAAAUAUCAGUGAUAAAAUGUUCACCCUC